CUCUCCUCUCCUCUGCUCUCCUCUCUUGCUUCAUUGCUUUUGAUCUCUAGCUCGUUAAUGUCUUCUUUGGUAGCUCAAAUGGCAUGCAAUGCGGUGGCUUCUCAGCUUUUCAGCAGUCCUUGCUCCAGCUUCAAUGCCAGGAAGAAGUUCCGAGUACGAGCUGAUAGUGAGAGCACUGGGAAGAAGACGAUGAUAAGGAAGGAUAAGAAUGGUUGGAAUAUUGAAUUCUCCAGGGAGAAGCCACCUACUCCUCUACUUGACACAAUCAACUAUCCAAUCCAUAUGAAGAAUUUGAGUUCUCAGGAUUUGGAGCAAUUGGCUGCAGAGCUGAGAGCUGACAUAGUGCACACAGUGGCUGACAGUGGUGGGCAUCUCAGUUCUAGUCUUGGUGUUGUGGAGCUCACUGUUGCUCUUCAUCAUGUCUUUAACACUCCUGAGGAUAAGAUCAUUUGGGAUGUUGGUCACCAGGCAUAUUCACAUAAAGUCUUGACUGGAAGAAGGUCUAGAAUGCACACCAUUAGACAAACUUCAGGGCUUGCUGGGUUUCCCAAGAGGGAUGAGAGUGUUUAUGAUGCAUUUGGAGUUGGUCAUAGCUCAACCAGCAUUUCUGCUGGCCUUGGAAUGGCAGUGGCAAGAGAUUUGUUAGGGAAGAAGAACCAUGUUGUGGCUGUGAUUGGAGAUGGAGCCAUGACUGCAGGGCAAGCAUAUGAGGCUAUGAACAACACUGGGUUCUUGGAUUCCAACCUCAUUGUUGUUUUAAAUGAUAACAAACAGGUGUCUUUGCCAACCGCUACCCUUGAUGGCCCUGCUUUGCCUGUCGGUGCUCUUAGCAGUGCUCUGACCAAACUGCAGGCCAGUAAAAAGUUUCGCAAGCUCCGCGAAGCUGCCAAGAGUAUCACAAAGCAGAUUGGAGGACCAACUCAUGAAGUUGCAGCAAAGGUGGAUGAGUAUGCAAGGGGAAUGGUGAGCUCCUCAGGGUCUUCAUUGUUUGAGGAGCUCGGUUUAUAUUACAUCGGCCCGGUGGACGGGCAUAAUGUCCAAGAUUUAGUAACAAUCUUCCAAAAGGUUAAGGCCAUGCCUGCUCCAGGACCUGUUCUUAUCCACGUUGUAACAGAGAAAGGGAAGGGAUAUCCUCCUGCUGAGGCUGCCGAUGAUAAAAUGCAUGGAGUUGUUAAGUUUGAUCCUAAGACUGGGAAGCAAUUCAAAUCCAAGUCACCCACUCUUGCAUACACUCAGUAUUUUGCAAAUGCUCUUAUUAAAGAAGCAGAAGCCGAUGAGAAAAUUGUAGCUAUUCAUGCUGCCAUGGGUGGAGGCACAGGCCUCAAUCAUUUCCAGAAGAAAUUUCCAGACAGAUGCUUUGAUGUUGGAAUUGCUGAGCAACAUGCUGUCACAUUUGCUGCUGGUUUGGCUGCUGAAGGCCUCAAGCCUUUCUGUGCAAUUUACUCAUCUUUCCUUCAACGAGGUUAUGAUCAGGUUGCGCAUGAUGUGGACCUGCAAAAACUUCCGGUGCGCUUUGCGCUAGAUAGAGCCGGGCUUGUCGGGGCUGAUGGACCAACACACUGUGGAGCUUUCGAUAUCACAUAUAUGGCGUGUUUGCCGAACAUGGUUGUCAUGGCACCUUCAGAUGAAGCUGAGCUACUGCACAUGGUGGCUACUGCAGCGGCCAUUGAUGACAGGCCUAGCUGCUUCAGAUUUCCGAGAGGAUGCGGAGUUGGUGUUCCCCUUCCUCUUGACAGUAAAGGCACUCCCCUUGAGAUUGGAAAAGGGAGGAUUCUAAUGGAAGGCAGCAGAGUUGCCAUUCUUGGAUAUGGUUCAAUAGUCCAAACAUGCAUUAAAGCUGCCAAAUCUCUUAUAAACCAUGGCAUUGCAAUCACACUUGCUGAUGCUCGGUUUUGCAAACCUCUUGAUACUGAACUUAUAAGAAGAUUAGCAAAUGAGCAUGAGAUCCUGAUUACUAUCGAAGAAGGUUCAGUCGGAGGCUUUGGUUCUCAUGUGUGCCAUUUCUUAAGUUUAAAUGGACUUCUUGAUCGAAACCUCAAGUUGAGAUCAAUGGUGCUUCCAGACCGAUACAUCAACCAUGGAUCACCUCAUGAUCAGAUCGAAGAAGCCGGGCUUUCGUCCAAACACAUUGCGGCGACGGUGCUUUCUCUUUUGGGGAGAUCAAAGGAGGCAUUUCAACUUCAUUGACUGAUGAUAUAUGUUGCAGUUCAUUCUCAUGCACCGUUUAUUCCAAGUGGAUGAUGAAGAUUGUUGUUGUUAAUAUGAAAGAAUUAUGCUGGUAUUUAUGUUUUGACCACUUGUACAUUUCUCCAUUGCUGUAAAAGUUCACGUAUCAAAUAAAAGCUAUAUAAUUAUCAUAA